CUAACCCAAGAAAAAGGAGGAAAGCGGCAACCUGUGGCCUUUUUAUCAAAAAUGUUAGACCCGGUAUCCCGGGGAUGGCCGACGUGCAUACAAGCCGUAGCGGCAGCAGCCGUACUAGUAGAAGAAGCACGGAAAUUAACCUUUGGGGGAAGAAUGACGGUGUAUACCCCGCACUCCGUUAGCACCCUCUUAGCCCAAAAAGCUCAGCGGUGGUUGACGGACUCUCGCAUACUGAAAUACAAAACCAUUCUGAUGGUCGGGGAUGAUUUAAACUUUGAAAAGAACAAUAGUUGUAACCCGGCACAGUUCUUAUACAGGGAAUCAACAGGGGAGGAAACCGAGCAUAACUGCGUGGAGCUAACAGACCUUCAGACAAAAAGUAGGGAAGAUCUACAAGAAGUUCCCCUAAUUGAAGGCGAGGAACUAUAUAUCGACGGCUCCUCCAGAUGCAUCAAUGGGGUACGACACAGUGGAUAUGCUAUUAUAAACGGGAGGACUAGGGAGACGGUGGAGUCCGGCCGGCUCCCGGGUAAUUGGUCAGCCCAGUCUUGUGAACUAUAUGCCUUGCAGAGGGGACUGCAACUGUUAAGAAACAAAAUAGGCACUAUAUACACCGAUUCUAAGUAUGCCUAUGGAGUGGUACACACCUUCGGAAAGAUUUGGAAAGAACGGGGGUUGAUAACAGCCAGGGGAAGGGAAUUAGCUCACGAACAAAUGAUAAGCAUGACUCUGGAAGCUCUAACACUACCUCAAGAAAUUGCAGUGGUUCACGUUCCAGGACAUCAACGAGGAACAGCCCCGGAAGCAAUAGGAAACCGGCUCACAGAUGAAGAAGCCAAACGGGCAGCAAUGGAAAAAACGGUCCGACUUCUAACCCUGAUACCAAUAAGGGAAGGGCUUAACAAACUACCAGUCUUCACCCAAGUAGAAAUAGACGCUAUGAGCCAGCUGGGAGCCCGACAAACAUCAGAAGGCGAGUGGAAGACCCCCGACGGACGGCAAGUACUGAAUAAGGAAGUAACUCGUCAUAUACUGCAACAUGCAACAACUACACCAACAAAGCCAUUGGGGAGUGCAAGCUAUGUGCGACACUAUCCUAAGGGACUAUGUUUGUAAAGGGAUAUUCACACUAGCUCAACAGGAGGUGUGGGGCUGUUACACCUGCCAAAAGAAUUGCGCAGGAAGGGGUUACUCGCACAAACCCCACCUCUGGACUUCGCACUCCACCGAACUCAGCCCGGUGACUGGGUCCUGAUUAAGACUUGGAAGCCAGAGAAGUUACAGCCGCAGUGGGAAGG